AUGUCACGGCACAGAAACCCACGCCUCCCGCCCAAGGAUGUCUAUCUCAGCCUGAGCCUGCUCCUGUGCCUGGGCCUCUCCCUCCUGACCGUCUUCUAUACUCCCUUCGGCAUCUCCCUGGGCCAGAUAAACCAGCUCGUGCUGAUCGGCUUCCUCGUCGCCGUCAUGGGAAUGUGUCUCGAAGGCCAGGUCCUGCGCACCGCCCUGAUGGCGUGCGGGAUGCGUCAGGCUCCCACACUGCAGGACCUGGACGCCCUGAUGCGCAAAGAUCCCUUCGCAGACAACGUCUACUGGGUACAUCGCCUGUUCUUGCUGAUUGUGUUUGGGCUGCCGCUGCUGCUCAGUGUUGGGUACAAACAAUUCAUCGGUGGGAGCAGCACCAUCCUUGUGCACGAGGGUCCUGGGUACUUCGGGUUCGCGGCGCCACCUGGCAUGCAGCGGAUCGGGGAUGGUCUCUCACUCCUCUCCCAGGUCUAUGUGCCCUUCUGGACCGAUCCGGGUCUGAAUCGGACAUAUGGCUUCAACGUCUUCGUCGCGGGCGACAACAAGACUGCCGCAAUUGUCGACUCGCCAUAUCCUUCCUACCUGACAGCAAUCCAAAGCAGGCUCAAGGACGGCGAGACGAUAACAAUGUCCACCACGGUCAACGCAACCGUGUCAGAGGUCAACGACAUUUCCGACGAGGACAGGAAGAGCGACGAGUUCUGGCUCGAUGUCGCCACUCAGUUCGGGCACGAUUUUACCGUCAAUGGCGGCAACGUGCGUGGUGCGAACAACGCGCUGUGGGCUGGCAUGAGUGACAACUUCCUGACCAAUUUCACCACCAUGUACUUCUCGGCCUGGAACACCACGAGAAAUGAAACAUUUGAGUCUGAGGCCAUCCGGACGGAGCAGUCGCGGCGCAUCGCCAAUGUAACGUGGGUGAUUUCUCCCUCCAACAUUACCCUCACCACGGCCAAGUUUGUCAAGACAGACGAAGUGGUGAAUCAGACCGUCAUUCAGAAUAACGCCAUCGGCCUCCAAGAGGCAUUCAGCAAUUUCCUCGGCGAGUAUGACUGGCACAACCGCGCGGGGGACUUUGACUAUCCAUACCCGAUCUCUUCGGACAUUGAACCAGUGUAUUUCCAACCUGUCAACACAGUCCCAGCUCUGGCAGCGGCCAUGGCGUGGGCACGCACAUCCAGCCUCAACACCAUCGUCCGGCCUCUUGGGAUUCAGAACGCAGGAAUCCGGGCUUUGACAGGCUACGACAAGGACGAGGUGAAUAUCGUCACUGUCAAGACCGUGCCGACCCUAAGACGGCAUCCUCUCCUGAUCCUCCUGCUGGCGGUGAACCCGCUCCUGUCCUUGGUUUGUCUGGCCAUCAAGGGUUUGGUACUCCACAACAGUCCCGUCGCAGACGGAUUCAGUAGCAUCACCUUACUCGCCGCCUCCAGGGAACCAGAUUUCAUCUCCGACAAGGACGUCGAUAAUCUCGCCAGUGGUCAGUUGAGGCGGCCGGUCGUCGUGAAUUUCGUGACUGAAGGUGGGUGA